GGCGGAGCCUCUUCUGUAGUCGACCCGGAAGUAGUUGUCGAGUUCAGGAUUCUGUACGUGCUGCAUGCUGGGGGGUGAUGUGGAGGCCGAGCGAUGGCGGGACGCUGCAAGACCCAGACGUUACAGGUGAUUGAUACGGAGUACAGCGCGGACGCGGUGGAGUGGUGCCCGCUGGAUGACUGGGGGACGGUGCUGGCCUGCGGGACGUAUCAGCUGAAGAAACCAGAACCUGACGUCAGCGGAGAGGACAGCGACAACCCACACCUGCGGCUGGGCCGCCUCCUCCUCUAUCACUACAACCCCCAGCAGUUCUUUUCUCCAGUGACCGAGGUUCAGAAGAUAGAGACAGCCGCCAUACUGGACAUGAAGUGGUGCCACGUUCCGCUCUCUGAGAGCCCCGUUCUGGGUGUCGCCAAUGCCAAGGGCGUCCUGGAGCUGUAUAGAUUACAAGGCCAAAAGGAAAGCUCCAGAGUGCAGCCCGUGUGCAGCGUGGAUUUGGGUGACGAGUGUCUGGCUCUAUCCCUUGACUGGUCCACAGGAAGGAGAGAGAGCACUUCUCCCGUGAAGAUCAUCUGCAGCGACUCUCGGGGCCGGCUCAGCCUUCUGCACGUGGAAGAGUCGGCGGCGUCCGUGGAAGUCACGUGUCAGUGGAAGGCACACGACUUCGAGGCCUGGAUCGCCGCCUUCAACUACUGGAACUGUGACAUCAUCUAUUCAGGGGGAGAUGACUGUUUGCUGAGAGGAUGGGACACCAGAGCGACACCGGACAUCCCACUAUUUACCAGCAAAAGGCAUUCAAUGGGAGUGUGCAGCAUCCAGAGUAACCCUCAUCAGGAACAUGUUUUGGCUACAGGAAGUUAUGACGAGCACGUUCUUGUGUGGGACUUAAGGCAAAUGAAGCAACCAACAUCCGACACCCAUGUACAGGGAGGGGUCUGGCGGCUGAAGUGGCACCCCACAGACGGCGCCCUCCUGCUGGCCGCUUGUAUGCACAGUGGCUUCCACAUCCUGGACUCCGGCUCCGGUGGUUGCCACAUCCUGUCUUCGUACGUCCUCCACAACUCCUUGGCCUACGGAGCCGAUUGGUCCAGAGCGUUUCUUCCGGAUGCCUCCGUGCCCAGUCCAGAACUGGAGUCCUUAAAGGCGGUGGAGUCGGAUCCUGUCGGCAGUCAGAAGCUGGCGCAAUCCAUGCAGAACCUGAAAAUCUUCUACGAGUCGCCCACCGCCAGCUUCGACGUCGUCCUGGAGGACGACUCUGGAGGAUACGUGCCGGAACCGAGCGGAACGGCUGACGACCGUCCGGUUACUGGGGACCCCGGACAAGCGCAGACUGACCUGCUGGCCACGUGCUCCUUUUAUGACCACGUUUUACAUGUUUGGCGGUGGCAGUCCCAGAGACUAAACCCUGCGGAGUGACCGUCCACUGCCGCUCACCGGUCGUUACAAUGGGCUACCUCCUGAGGUCUCCUUUAAAAAAAAUAAAAAGAAAGCGUAAAUCAGGACCCCGCACAGAAAUCAGCAAUAAUGACACUUACCUCCAUGGACGAGAGCGCCAUCCGAUUGCAUGACAAGUAACAUCGGAGGCCGUAUACCAGCAGCCGUUACUGGCGAUAUUCCAAGCACCCAGCAGCAUCCGGACGUGUAUAUAUAUAUAUAUGAAUAAAAAAAUAAAAAAAAUGUUCCUCUGUCCAUGAAACCCUGAGCCGUGGACGGGAUUCAUACAUGAAGGUUCAAGGGGGUUACCAGCAGUGGUUUGUUCGGUCCAGUACCCCUGGAUAGAAGACCUCAGGCAGACAGCCUUUGGGUGGAUCCACACGUGGCUUAAUUUUAAGCCACGGACAAAUACACC